UUAUAUUUCUAGAACUUUGUAGGUAUCUAGCCGGUAAAUAUUACGUCAUUAUUUAGUGUCAUUUUCUUAUUGGUACAUUUAAAUUAAUUUUUUUUAAAAAGAAAUAAAAAUUUAAUCACCUAAACCAAUCAAAAAUUAUUACAUGAUAAUUUAUUUAAUACUUAAGAACCAAUUACUAAAUUACUCAAAAUCUAACAGAACAUAUAUAAAUGUAGUAAAGCAAGUGGACUUAGUAGAAUAUGGCGCCAACUCAACUCAAUCCUUCCUUGCUUUGAUUCCAUGGAAACUUCUCUCUGUCUCUCUCUCUCUCUCUCUCUCUCUCUCUCUCUCUCUCUCUCUCUCUCUCUCUCUCUCUCUCUCUCUCUCUCUCUCUCUCUCUCUCUCUCUCUCUCUCUCUCUCUCUCUCUCUCAUAAAAAGUCAACGUUCUGACUGAAUCUUAAUCAGAUUUCUUAUAUCCAUAAUCUAUCUUCUCCUUAUUUAAAUUUGAUUGACUAAAUCUGAUCUAAAUCUCCAUUCUCUUCUUCUAUAUCACUCAUUUCAUUUACACUAAGAAAUAAAAAAGAGUCUCUUCAUUCACAUCUGAAAAACAAAACAAUGGAAUUGGAAUUUCUUCUUAUUAUAUUUUGUCUUCUAAUUUUGGGUUGUUAUGGAAAUACUAAUAGAACCCAAAUUAGAUCUGAUUCUCUUAACUACACAACCUAUAAAGCUGGAGACUCUGUUCCUUUAUAUGUUACUAAAUUGGGACCCUUUCAAAAUCCAAGUGAAAAAUACCACUAUUUUGAUCUUCCAUUAUGUAAACCAGAUUAUUUCAAUGAAAAAAAGCAAACUUUUGGUGAGAUAUUAAAUGGGGAUCAUCUAAUCAAUGCACCAUAUGAGAUUGAAUUUCUAGUAGAGAAAAAAUCCAUAGUGACAUGCUCAAAAAACUUGUCUAAAGAACAAGUUUUUCGAUUUCGAACAGCAAUAGAAAGAAAUUACUAUCUUCAAAUCUACCAUGAUGACAUGCCAUUGUUUCUAUUCAUUGGUAGAGUUGACAAAAAAGGGAGAUAUUUACUUCAUAAUCACAUUCAUUUUCAAGUCUUUGUGUAUGAGAACCAAAUAGUCAAGAUCAAAGUUGUUCCACAUCAUUAUGAAGAUGAAGUUGAUUUGAUUGAAGAUAAGGAGACUUAUGUGGAGUUUGGUUACUCUGUUGAAUGGGUUAAAGUGUAUAUUCCAUUAGUGAAAAGCACGAAAAUUAAGUACUCAAAGUCUUCAAAAUACAUGGACAUUCAUUGGUUUUCAUUAUUGAAUUCUUGUGCUAUAGCUCUUGUCUUGAUUGGUCUUUUUGUGAAGUUGUACAUUCGUGUCUUCAAGAAAGAAUUUCCUGAGGGUUCGCAUGACGAAGAAUCGGGAUCUAACCAAGGAGAAAGAGGUUGGAAAUGCAUCCAAGAUGAUGUGUUUAGAAUCCCAUCUCAUAAGUCCUUGCUUGCUGCAUCUCUUGGCUCUGGUACACAAUUGCUAACACUUACCAUGCUCAUUCUGGUACUUGGAAUCUCUGGUGUAUUUUAUCCACACAACCGCGGUGGCCUAUCAACUGCAUUAUUUGUCAUAUACACAACAACUUCUACUAUUUCUGGUUACAUAUCAACUUCUUUUUAUUGUCAUUUUGGAGGAACAAAUUGGUUGGGAAAUCUCCUCCUUACAGAAUGCCUUUUUUCUGGACCAUUGUUCAUCACACUCUGCCUUCUUAACUCAAUAGCCACAGCUUAUAAGGCAACUGCAUCAGCACUACCCUUUAACACAAUCAUGAAAAUAUCUCUUCUUUGGUCAUUAAUUUCAUUCCCAUUGCUUCUACUUGGUGGGGUGUUUGGAAAGAGCAACAACAAGGCCGAGUUGCAAGCGAUUUGCCCGAGUAACAAGGUUAAAUUGCUAGCUCAUCCUCUAACAACCUCGAGUGUAGCUCGAGAAAUUCCAACACUUCCAUGGUUUAGGCGCGCGCUGCCUCAGAUAGCGCUCGCUGGGGCUUUGCCUUUUUCGGUCAUGUACUUGGAGCUUUUCUUUGCAAUUAGUACUGUGUGGGGUCAUGGAACUUCCAUCUCUUACAAGGUGUUGUUUAUCACCUUUGUUCUUGUUCUGUUUUUCAUUGCUUUAGUCAAUGCUUGUCUCACAUGUCGCCAAUUUCUAGCUGAAGAUCAUAAAUGGUGGUGGAGGUCGUUUUUUCGGGGCGGGUCAGUUGGAUUAUAUGUUUACUGCUUUUGCAUAUACUACUACUAUGUGAAAUCACAUUGGUCUGGUUUUUUGCAAGUUUCAUUCUUCUUUGGAUACAUGGCUAUCAUAAGCUAUGGAAUUUCCUUAAUGUUUGGUAGUGUUAGUUUUGCAGCCUCUUUUCUUUGUGUUCACUACAUGUACCAUCCUAUUAAGCGUAAUUAGUGGCUAUAGUACUAAUCAUCUUUCAUCUCUUGAUUAUGUAAAUCUUAUUUUCUAGUUUUCAUUAACAAUCUUUUGUAUAGUGCAUCAUCUUUGAGGAAAUUUCCUAGUAGUAGUGGUGAUAGUGAUACUUAGGGACAAAGCUAUUUUUGCACCCCGAAUUAUGAGUUUGUGACCUAUGUAUUAUUAUUCUCACUGAACUUUUUCAGUUAAAAAUAAUUCAUAAAUUAUUCGGAGUGUUGUAAAUUGAUCAUUCUCAUAAGUUUUAUCACACCUAACUAUCAAAAUGAUGGCAUGAAUGCUUAGCCAACUGUCGUGUUAAUAUCAUGUCAAUGCCACAUGUAUAAUUAAUUUGAAAAAAAUAAUUUAAUUUUUUAAUUUAAUUUUACUUAAAUUUCUUAAUCAUUGAUUGAUUUUUAGUUUAAUAAUUUUCUUACAUGUAAUUUAAAACAAAGUUAAACAUUUCUUUUACAUAUAAUUUUUUAUUCUUUUGAAUUUGUUAUUUUAUUUAUCUUAAUUUAUUAUUGGAGACAUAAAACAAUAAUAAUUUGUUUUAUUUUAUUAUUAGUUAUGUAAAAAAACUAUUUUAAAUAAAUAUUAAAUAAUUUAAUAUUAAAAAAUAAUCAAUUCAAAAGAACUGACCCAAUCCGCACUUUUGCGAAUUAGAUUGGAUUGGAUUUAAGUUAUUGUGUGAAUUAGAUUGAAUCUAAAAUAUGAAAUUCGUACUUAGCGCGGAUCAAAUAUAUAAUGAGCAAAUUUGUACAGAUUAUAUUCAAUGAACAUUUUUAAAUAUUAUUAUGUAAAUAAUAUAUAUUAUUUUUUUUUUUGAGCAAAUAA